AUGAAUUGCGUAACAAUUGCUAAGCCACAAAGACUUCUCGGCCCAGUUUCUAUUCCUAAUAGACUUUUAAUGGGAGCAGGGCCAAGCAACAUGUUUCUCGACAUUGUCCACUCUUUGUCACAACCAUUGCUUGGUCAUCUUCAUCCUGAAUUCAUACAGAUAAUGGAUGAUGUAAAAGAAGGAAUACAAUAUGCAUUUCAAACCAGAAACAAAUUAACAUUCGCAGUUAGUGCGACCGGCCAUGCUGGUAUGGAAUGUGCAUUAAUGAAUUUACUUGAAAAAAAUGAAAAGUUACUGGUUGUUGAAAUAGGAAUUUGGGGUGAAAGGGCUGCUUCAUUAGGUGAACGACUGGGAUUCAAAAUUAAGAAAAUCAUCGCUCCUCCUGGCAAAUCAGUUAAUCUCAACAAUUUUAAAAAGGCUGUGGAAACAUUUUCACCAAGUGUGGUAUUUGUGUGUCAUGGCGAAAGUUCAAUAGGAAUAUGUCAACCACUUGAUGGUAUGGGAAAAAUUUGCCAUGAACAAGGUGUACUUUUACUUGUUGAUGUCGUUGCUUCACUUGGUGGCGCUACUUUCUUCGCAGAUUCUUUGGAGGUCGACUGUGUCUAUGGUGCAACACAAAAAGUCCUCAAUGCUCCACCUGGCCUUUCGCCGAUAUCCUUCAGUGAACGAGCUGUCGCAAAAAUUAUAUCGAGGAAAGAAAAAGUUCCAUCAUUUUAUUUUGAUGCACUUGAACUCGGCAAUUAUUGGGGUUGUUUCGAUGAACCGCGAAGAUACCAUCAUACGGCUUCCAUAUCAAUUAUUUAUGCUUUACGAACGGCUUUAAGCGAGCUCGUACGUGAAGGAAUCGAGGAAUGUGUAAAACGCCAUACUGAGAACGCGAAUUUUUUUUACUGUCUUCUGGAACAACAUGGACUCAAACCAUUUGUUGAAGACCCAGUUUUACGGUCUUCUAAUGUUGACUGUGGAAAAAAUAUACUCGCUCAUCGUAAUCCUUUGCAGUCAUUACGAUUACCGUGUUUGACAACAGUCACUGUACCCGAAGGAGUAAACUGGAACGCAGUUGUUAAUGACAUGAUGUCGAAAGGAAUUGAAAUAGCCGGGGGGCUUGGACCAACAGCUGGAAAAAUAUGGAGAAUAGGAACGUUCGGUAAAAAUAGCUCGAAGGAAGUCAUAAAAAAAGUUGUAGACGAACUAAAAAAGUCGAUUGACACUGCCGCAAAUACAUAA